AUGGCAGGAAGCAGGACCACGGAAUGGAAUGGAAACUAUUCUUCUGUGAGCACCUUUGUUCUCCGGGGUCUCUCAGAUGAAAGAGAGCUGCAGCUCAUCCUCUUUCCAGUAUUCCUAGGGAUCUACCUUGUGACCCUUAUCUGGAACGUGGGUCUCAUUCUCCUAAUCAGGAUGGACUCCCACCUGCACACCCCCAUGUACUUUUUUCUCACUGUUCUCUCGUUUAUUGACAUUUGCUACUCUACCUCCAUCAGUCCAAGAAUGCUUUCAGACCUCCUAAAAAAUGAAAAAAACAUUUCCUUUAUUGCCUGUGCCACUCAGUAUUUUUGUAUGGCCUGGAUGGCUCAGACUGAGUGCUGUCUGUUGGCCGUCAUGGCCUAUGACCGAUACGUAGCCAUUGGUCGCCCUCUGCAGUACACAGCCAUAAUGGCUCCUGGCCUCUGUGGGAAGAUGGUCACUGUGGCCUAUCUGAGUGGUUUGAUUAGUAGUUUAUCUCAAACAGUCUCUUGCUUUAACCUUUCCUUCUGUGGGCCAAAUAUCAUUCAAAAUUUCUUCUGUGACUUGCCUCAGAUUCUUUCCUUGUCUUGCUCCGAUCAUUUCAUCAGCCAAAUGACUCUCAUUCUAGCAGCUGUUCUUAUUGGGGUUGGGUCUUUGUUUAUUAUCCUGUUAUCCUAUGGUUUCAUUGCAGCAUCCAUUCUGAAAAUAUCCUCAGACAAAGGAAGUGUCAAGGCCAUCCAUACCUGUGUCUCCCACCUGGCAGCAGUGACCCUCUACUAUGGCACAGCCCUGUCUGUGUACUUGUGCCCCAAGCCUAGUCAAUGCAUGAAGCAGGACAAAGUGGUAUCAGUGUUCUAUGUCAUCGUCAUCCCCAUGUUAAACCCUCUGAUCUACAGUCUGAGGAACAAGGAGAUCAAAGCAGCCCUCAAGAGGAUUAGAAAGAAACCAACAGGUGUACCUUAG